AUGGCGGCCGAUAGUAAUGCGCAGCGCCUUUCGCACUGCAACCUCCCCAUCUUCCUCAUCCCUGUACCGAAAGACAAGAUCAAGGGCCCCGACAACCUCAACUCCAGCCAUUCUUUCAAGAGGCCGGGCUGGUUUCAAGAGAACUUCCUAGAUCGGUACUGGAAGAACUUCACUUCGCAUUAUCUACACGUCGCGGACGGUGUCCGAUCCCGGCACAUGGACAAUGUCGCAGCAGGGCGUCCUUUUGCCCCUGGUACUAAGGAUGGAAUUGACCGAUCCUUGAACACAAUUGCUGAACUUGCCAUGGAAUACCAGUCCGCCUGCGCGGAUAAAGACACAGUCCAUGCCCGGGCAGUGGCACAGAAGAUUCAGAAAAAGGCAUCGGCCCUUAGGGUUUUGGAAUGUUUGAGCAACAUGGAAUGCAGCAAACUUCUCGAAAAUAAAACAGCGCAGUUAUCGCCCUGCUAUGAGACAAUCGUGAACAAGCGAGAUAAUCGCGCCAGCCUGUUGUCUCCACUUCACACCAUCCAGAUGUGCAAUCCCAAAUUCAGGAAAGACAUCCUCAUGGAGUGUACGACAUGGAUCGCUGAGUGCACUCGCGACAACUGCAUCUUUUGGCUGAAUGGGGAGCCUGGGUGUGGAAAAUCGGUGGUCGCACACUGGUUUGCUGAUGGGUGCGAGAAAAGGAAUUCGCUAGCGGCCAGCUAUGUCUUUACCAAGCCCACCAGUACCGCUGCUCUUUUGGAUGGGUUUGUGGCCAACCUAGCCACCGACUUUGCGGAAUAUCUGGGCGACCCCUGGCGAAACGCCCUUGUCAGUACGGCGACAAAUAUAGGCUUAGAAAAAUAUGCGGACCAGUUUUUUACAAGGCCCUUGCGCCACCAGAUGGGCAAGUUGCUUGUCCCAACCUUUUUCGUCAUCGAUCCAACUCAGCAGAAGCCACUUCUGGUUGUACUCGAUGGGUUGGACAAGUGUGACGACUUCGCCUUGAAGGCCCUCUUUGAGCUUAUUGAAGAGGCGAUCCUUCAUCUCCCCAUAUGCUUCUUUAUCUCCAGUACCGAAACAAAAGUCCUCACUGCAUACCUGCGACAAGGCCCGCUUUCCAAACAUGUUCAGGAAUGUCAUAUCCCCGGGCCCUAUCUGAACCGUCCAGGUCCAAACCGGGCAUCCACACCUACUCCAGUCAAUAUUAACCUGCCUGCUUCAGAGUAG